GCCAGUUUAUUUCAUAGCAGUCUGUGCUGAGGAAGUCUCCAGUGAGUGGUAGCUAACCAGCUACUUGAGAACAUGAUUAUUAAACUGAGCGUAGGUGCCUGAGUUAAAGGGAAACCGGGAGCUUUGAAUGCGUCCAUCGUUACUCCCACUUAGCUCGUUUAUUUGAAUUGCUAAACCACAGGGCACACAUUAGAGGGAAAACGCACCUGCUUGCUAGGGACACUAGCAAGUGAGACCAAGCGUGUGGAAUGGCAGCUCCCCGACCAAUAAAAGGUAUUCUGAAGAACAAGAACAGCGGGGCAAAUGUCAAAUCUGCCCCAGAAGUGCCGGUUGAGAACGUAGAACAAGCGGAAUUGGGACUUCUGGAGGAUGAUCAACAGAAGAAGUCGCAGAAAUGGGACGAGAUGAACAUCUUGGCCACGUACCACCCGGCAGAUAAGGACUACGGGCUGAUGAAGAUCGAUGAGCCCAGCACCCCCUACAACAGGAUGGCAGGGGAAGAGGAUGACGAGGGGGCACUGAGCGACUCGGACGGCAACGCGGUCGCCGUGGACGACCUGGCGACAAAGUUGGCAGCGGCAGAGGGAACAGACCCACGCUUCAUGAGGGAGGAGGAAGAGGAGGAGGAUAGCAGUGAGGAAGAGGAGGAAGAGCUCAGCCCAGAGGACCAAGUGAAAAAGCAGCAGUUCCAAAUGAUGAGGAAGAUGCACUACAACGAAGGGCUCAAUAUCAAGCUGGCCCGGCAACUCAUCGCCAGCGAGCUGGAGGAGGAGGAGGAGGAUGAGGACGAAGAGAUGAGGGACGACACUGAAACAGAGGACAUCAACGUCGACCCCCCGCAAGACGCUGAUUCGCUGGAUUCCUAGAAGAGGACCCCGACCGCCCCUGUGGCUCAUGAAAUAUUCAUAAGACAAGACUUGUGUGUUCAGUGCUGGGCAUGACGCAGACACCGCCUCACACCCUUCCCUUUUAAAAAAAGAAAAGGAAAAAAAAAAUACAAAUAAAAAUCUGCUGUGUUAUUGUGUGAUUGUGUGCACUCCCAGAAACACUGCAAUGCUGACGCGAAGCAUAUUGAGCCUACCAGUUGUGUGUUCUGUUGCCAAGUUACCCCGUGCGCCCCCCCCCUCCCCUUCCAAAUGGAAUCCACAACUCAAAGAACGAGACCAAUAACUGAGACUUAUCAACAAGGAUUCCUUCCUUCCUCUCCCUGCAAUGCUAGCUCUCCUGUCUGCCUGUCCAGCUGCAGGGUACCUGAAGUCAAACGGCCUCAAAAUGUCAGUCAGUCCUGAACGUGGCGGAGGUGUUGAACUGGGGUGGAUCAAAUGUCGGAAGGAUUGUUUUGUUUUUUUCUUUGCCAUUGUCUGUCUUUCUCCCCACACCAACCAUCAGUACUUUCAUGUGAAUGAAGUAGGAAAACAUAAUAAGAUAGCUGCUAAUUCUUGGUGUUUGUUUUCAAAUCAAUCCGCCCCCCUUGUGGUAUCCCCUUUUAAUACGCCUUGGUCAUCGGGGAUCACCUUGAUUAGGAAGAAACUCCAUGACCACAUGUAUGCAUAUUCACCCCUUUGUAACGUUUAUGUGCACAUAUUAACCUCUAUUACCACUUUAUCAAAAUAGCCCGGUCUAUUAGCUGAACUCAAAUAACCGAUAUACAGUAAUUUAAUAGUAUUUAUAAUCCAAACCUGUAAUUAGGUUCCGAAUUCAAGUUGUACAACAGUCAGUCAUUUCUAGAACUUUGUAAUACAUUUCCACAUAACGGUCACCUGCUCUGUAUAGUACAUUAUGCCUUUGCCAGUCCAGUAAAUAUUAUAUUGUCUACAUGUGCUCAAGUUAAGGGGAGGGCUAAUUUACAAGAAAUUACCCCAGAUGUUGCAUACUACUGAUGAUUACAAAUGUCCCAUACAAAUAUCCCUAAUGCUACUGACUCCAUCCCGAGGGGUUGUGGGAUGUGAUUGGCUGAAUUACUACAGUAGUGGUUGGACGCCUACUUUGUAUUCUUCUGCAGAAUGAAGGGUAAUGGGGGUUGUCGUAGUGUGUACUUGUGAGAACAUGCUACAUCCUAUACUUCUAACAUGCUACUAGGUUUUCUGAGCAGUACACAGCCUUUAGUUAUUGAAUGCUAAUUUAUGAUUCUGCUAAUGAAAUCCUUGUCAUACAGUCACCUAUGUUUGUAUACAUGCAAUACCAUAUGGGUUGUAUAUGUCCCAUCUUGUAGUUUUGAGAUGUUAUUUUCUUAUAUGAUUGGCCGUUGCCUAACCAAAUUAUCCAAAUCUAUUAAUAAGAUCAGAUCUAAUUUGUCCAUCUAUUCAUGCCCCAGAAAGGAACGAUCCCUUAUCCUGUUAAUGGGGUGGUAUUUUUCAGAUUGCACAUGUAUUCCCCAUGUAUGUUUCCAAUGUAUUGGCCUCUUGUCCUUGGAAAAACAGCCCUGUGGUCAAGUCUUUGGAUCCAAUCCCCUGGAAAUACAACUUUGAAAUACUGUACUGCUCUUGCUUGAUUGGUCCUUAAUUUUACCUGUUGUCUGAAUGAUGAGGGAAGACCCAUUACAAGAAAGUGUAUUCACAUACAAAGAUUAAUCACUUUAAUCUGCUGCUUAUCUGUUGUAUUCUCUGAAUUAAAGGCAAACAGUUUUGUGAAUGGACUAAAUUACAUAACCUUUUAGAGGGUUAGAAGCUGGCAAAUGUGCCUAUUUUAUGAACAUGUUUAAAUGAAAAGAACACACUUAUUUCCCCCCGUGAUUAGUUAAGUGAGAUGCGUUCUCAUGAUCACGUCUCUUCAAAACAAUGGGUAUCUGUCGAUUUGUGAGUUUUUUUGUAUCUUGGAUGUGCAUGUUCUUAAUCAUAAGGAUGUGUGUUUAUUUUGUCACCCAUUAUUAAAUGAUGCCGAUAUGGAG